AGCGCCGUCAAGUUUACGUUAAGUUCCGGACGAAAUGGCAAUCUGGUUGUUCGAUACUCGAAUAAAUUCAUAGAAACUUGUAAUACCGACAGUUAAUACCAUGAACAUAAAUUUUUUCGAUUAUUUUAGUUAAUAAUCGAUCACACAUAAUCGAUUAGUGAAAAAUACGAUCAAUUUGUUCACCAUUGCGCGUCUAGAUUUAAUAAUUACAUGACGCAACUGAAGGGAGAGAGGGGGUUUGCUAUUAAAACAACGACAGGGUAGAAGUUAAAGAAAAUCGUCACGUGACGUUGAAAUAAGAAUUAAAACUUUUUGAAAAGUAUUAAGGCCACCGCGAUAAAUUGAAAAUCGAGAACAAAGAUCUGUCAUUACUUGGAGCAUACUUUGAUAGUUGCUUUCAUCAUUCUUGAUUUGAAACAAGACCUCAAAGAAGGAAUUCAAACUAUGACAACACUGCGGCUUGCUUUAGUACAACUGCUUGUCAAUUCCAAUAAGCGUUCCAACAUAGAAAAAGCUGUUUCAUUUAUUGAACGAGCAAAAAAACAAUCUGCUGACGUUGUCAUUCUUCCAGAAUGUUUUAAUUCUCCUUAUGGCAUACAACAUUUUAGUAAAUAUGCCGAAGACAUUCCUUCGGGAGAAACAAGCUUAGCCCUAUCAAAUGCGGCAAAGAAUUUCAAAAUAAAUGUUAUUGCUGGUACUUUUCCUGAAAGAGAUAAUAACGCAUUGUACAAUACCUGCACUGUCUGGAAUACUGAAGGUCAACUUAUAGCAAAACAUAGAAAAAUGCAUUUAUUUGAUAUUGACAUAAAAGGCAAGAUACGAUUUGCUGAGAGCGAAGUUUUGAGAGCGGGAAAUACUUUGACGAUGAUUGAUCUGAACGAUUUUAAAAUUGGUAUAGGAAUAUGUUAUGAUAUCAGAUUUGAAGAAAUGGCGCGCCUUUAUCGUAAUAAAGGCUGUAGUUUAUUGGUGUAUCCAGCUGCAUUCAAUAUGACUACCGGGCCAUUACAUUGGCAACUACUUCAACGUUCAAGAGCUAAUGAUAAUCAGUGCUACGUUGUCUGUGUCUCUCCAGCGCGUGAUACUAAAUCAGAAUAUAUCGCGUGGGGACACAGCCAACUGACUAAUCCAUGGGGAGAAGUAAUUCAUGACUUAGAUGUUCACGAAAAUAUGAUAGUCACUGAAAUAGAUUCAUCUAUUGUAAAAGAAGUAAGAAGUCAAAUUCCAACUUCUGUGCAACGGCGCACUGAUGUCUAUGAUACCGUUUACAAACAUGAUGAUAAAUAAGUAAAACAGAAUGUUUUCAAUAUUUAAAACACCUUGAGGUCUUUCAAAAAGACUCAUAGUCAAUUGGCUAUAAUUUAUUAACUAUGAUAAAUGUUUAUAAAAAAUUGGGAACUAAAUCGGAAGUCCACAUUUGUACCAAUUGUUAUGUCGUAAAAUAUCUAUUAAAAUUUUUUACAUCACA